AUGCGACAAUCUCUACGACGAAAGUCGUGCAGUGCAUGCGCACGGUCCAAGCGUCGCUGCAGCCUCAGUGCUCCCAGCUGCAGGCGCUGCACAGCCAAAGGCAUCGAAUGCUCAUAUCCCACCGUCACGCCUGUGCCACCUCCGCUCCCAAAUGCGCUGCCCAGUGAUUCCAUUGACGAUGCUUUGCUUUCUCUUCAGAUGCCCUCUUUCACGUCCUCCACAACUGAAGCGUAUGGCAUGGAGCUCGACUCUGUAGAUCAUCAUGCCCAUGCCCAUGCCCAUGCCCACACGGCAAACGAUUAUACGGCGCGCGCAGAAUUCCUGGCUCAUAUGAUGUCGCUGCAGUCCACGGCAUUGGCCGACAAGGGAUUCAAUGUCUUCAUCCAUUCGUCACAGACUCUGGCGUCAGAUGCCUUACGCGACGCGUUGGCUGGCAGUGCCCUGCACGUUAUGCGAAACCCUUCUAAUGCGCGCUUCGUCGACUCUGAGAUUGCAAGGCGCGCCUCUAACAUUGUCGCCGUCUUACUUGCAGCGUCAAUAAGCGACGAUACCUUCGACUUGCAAAUGCUUCCCUCCGUGCAAGCACUUCUUGUCUACCAAUGUAUGCGACUCUUCUCACCAGGCAGUAUCAGCCAACAAACACAGGCUGAACGCGACAACUUUGUUCUUCAAAUCUGGGUCUCGCGAUUGCAGUUAUCAUUGGAACGUGGUGAUGACCUCAUGGAAGUGAGCUGGGAGCUUUGGGUCGAGCAGGAAGCCAUCCGUCGCACGCUCAUAUGUGUAGAGCUUGCACAAGGCACCUACACUUACCUUCGAGGGAACUGGCCCGUUGGGGUACGGUGCAAUCACGACCUAAGAUUUAAUGCACAGAAGGCUUUUUGGGAAGCCAAGUCAGCUGCGGAGUGGCGUUUGGUCUGCGACGAUUUCGCGCAUCCCUCGAUGCCAUGCAACAUGAAUCGCUUACAUAAAGACAUUCGAGACGCAAUGCCUGGUGACUUGGAUGAUUUAGGGGUCUUGCUGCGCGCUGUGGGCGAAGGGCUUAAGGACAUGAAUACCUGGCUUCGUCACGAUAAAGAAGCCUUGCAGCGAUGGGGCCAAGUGGGUGUAUCAGAGCACUACGUAUAA